AUGGACCACCGCAGACACCUUGCAGACUUCACCUCAAAUUCCUCUGGUGCCCCCAACCAUGAUUCCCCAACAAGACCACGGGUACGAGCGUCCUCAAUACGGUCAAGACCCUCCUACCAGGCUGCCGAAAGGUACUUCUCCCAGCAUGUUCCAGAUGUACGCAAGAAUGAACCCGGCUUGAGCUCUCGACGGCUUGCGGCUGCUGAUGACGGCCUCGAUGAUUUUGACAGACGACUGCUUGAAGAGACCGCACACGGCCGAGCUAGUCAUCAUCGACAGGCGUCCGUAAGAACACGUCUACCACUGCCACCCUGCACCCCAAUGAUGAGCACCGCUACAGACACGUCUCGCUCAGACGAGUGGCAAUAUGCUUCCGCAACUCGACCCUCCAGUUCCUCACCUCUCCCUUCAAUGACGAGUCCGACCACAUACGUCGUUCAGAAUCGUCAACACGGCAAGCCCAUUCAGCCGAAAGGCAUGGAUCUCUUGCUUCAGCAACCCUACUCAAGGCACGAGAUUGUCAUUUCCUCAACCCAGCAGACCGUCUCUGUCACUCAGCCCAAGCUAAAAACAUACCGCGACAAUGCCCUUCCCAACAUACAAGGAGUACAACUGGUCCCCGCUACGGCUCUACCUGACCAGCUACGUUCUAUCUUCCGAUUUGAGGUGUUCAACGCAGUACAGUCCAAGUGUUUCGUAAGUGCUUUCAAGACCGAUGACAAUCUGGUGGUGUCCGCUCCCACGGGCAGCGGCAAGACUGUGAUUAUGGAGCUCGCCAUUUGCAGGCUGGUGGCGGAGCUACGGGGCAACGAUUUCAAAGUGGUCUACCAAGCUCCAACAAAAUCCCUCUGUGCCGAAAGAUACCGUGAUUGGCAGAAGAAAUUUGGCCCUCUGAAUCUGCAGUGUGCCGAACUUACAGGUGACACCGACGUCAGCCAUUUACGCAACGUGCAAAGCGCCAACAUCAUCAUCACCACUCCGGAGAAAUGGGACAGCGUGACCCGGAAAUGGAAAGAUCAUGUUAAACUGAUUCAGCUAGUAAAGCUCUUCCUCGUUGAUGAGGUACAUAUCCUUAAAGAAUGCCGCGGUGCUACACUGGAAGCCGUUGUGUCGCGAAUGAAGUCUGUCGCUGCCAACAUCAGAUUCAUCGCCCUAUCUGCCACAGUACCAAACUCACAAGACAUUGCAACAUGGCUUGGGAGAAGUUCGGCUUCACUCCAUAUGCCUGCUCUCAGAGAGGUGUUUGGUGAGAGCUUUCGACCCGUGGAACUCAAGAAAUAUGUCUAUGGCUUUGAGGCAAAAGGCAACGACUUCGCAUUCGAAUCGAUGCUCACGCAACAAUUACCUGUUAUCAUUUCAAGACAUGGGCAUGGGAAGCCCGUGAUGAUCUUUUGCUCCACCCGGAAGGCCACAACAGCAACUGCUAAGAUGCUGGCCGAUAUGUGGUCAAGCUCCCACCCUUCAGAACGUCUCUGGAAAGGCCCAGUAAGGCCUCUGUCUUUAACCUGCAAUGAUCUCAAAGUCACAUGUGUCGCUGGAGUAGCCUUUCAUCAUGGAGGGUUGGACCAAGCUGAUCGCCGAAAUGUUGAGCAAGCCUUCCUGCACGGACAGAUCAACGUUAUUUGUAGCACUUCAACCCUCGCGGUCGGCGUCAAUCUGCCCUGCUAUCUGGUGAUACUCAAGGGAACAAAUGCGUGGACCGAGAAUGGCCUACAAGAAUACGCAGAUCUGGAAGUCAUGCAAAUGCUUGGAAGAGCAGGCCGACCCCAGUUUGAAACGUCGGCUUCUGCGGUCAUCCUCACGCGAAAAGAAAAGGUUUCACGCUAUCAGAAGAUGGUAUCGGGAGAGGAACUUCUCGAAAGCUGCCUCCACCGAAAUCUGAUAGAGCACCUGAAUGCUGAAAUUGGCCUUGGAACCGUGUAUGACCUGGCCUCGGCGAAGCAGUGGCUUGCCAGUACAUUUCUACAUGUUCGCAUGAAGCAGAAUCCUUCUCACUACCGUUUCAGAGAAGAUGUCGAAACUUGCGCCGAUGACGACUUGUUAGAGCGAUUAUGCCAAAAGGACAUUGCACUAUUGAGUCAAGCCAGCCUCGUCGACGAAGGAACUCGAUUGAGUUGCAACGGAUUUGGGGAAGCUAUGGCGCGAUACUAUGUCAGUUUUGAGACCAUGAAAUCUUUCAUUGGUUUACCUCCCAAGGCCAAGUUGUCAGAGAUUUUGUCAAUUUUGGCUGAGGCUAAAGAAUUCCGUGAGGUGCGAAUGAUGGCUGGAGAGAAGUCAUUCUACAAGGAGAUCAACAAGGCGCCCGAGAUCAAAUUCCCGAUCAAGGUCGAUGUUGCCGUACAGGCACAUAAGGUCUCACUCCUGAUUCAGGCCGAGUUGGGCAACGUAACCAUUCCUGACGGUACCAACUACAAAAAGCACCACCAAUCCUAUCGACUAGACAAAAGCACCGUCUUCAUGCAUGCAAACCGUUUCAUCCGAUGCAUCAUCGACUGCCAGAUACACCUGAAGGACGCCGUGUCCACAAGGAAUGCUCUUGAGCUUGGUCGUAGCCUCGCGGCGCAUGUUUGGGACAACACUGCAAGUCAGCUGAGACAAAUUGAGGGCCUCGGAGAGGUCUCCGUCCGAAAGCUUGCUUCUGCUUCCGUCAAUAGCAUUGACACCCUCAUGAACACGGAACCUUCUCGCAUCGAGUUGGUGCUUGGGAGAAACCCUCCGUUUGGCCGCGAACUACUGAAAAAACUUGAAGCCUUCCCGAAUUUACGAGUUUCCAUCAAGGAAACAGGUAGAGAACUCAAGCGUGGCAAGGGUGCCACCAUACGGUUUCUCGUGGAGAUCGGAUUCCUGAAUGAAACCGUGCCCUACCAGUACAAGAAAAAACAGGUUUAUGUCUGUUUCUUGGCCGAGACGUCUGACGGAGGUUUGAUUGAUUUUCGAAGAUUCAGUGCAAAGAAUUUGCAGAAAGGUGGAGAGGUAUUCCUGUCUGUGGAGUUGAUCAAGCCUACCAGCUACAUAAAUUGUUAUGUGAUGUGCGAUGAAGUUGCAGGAACAAGCAAAUAUGCUGAGCUACGACUCAAGGACAUACCUGCUUCCAUCUACCCACGGCAGCAACACUCGGCCGGUACCAAUGACGGCAGGCCGUCUGAAGAUUCGAGGGAUCAAUUCUCUGGCGCUCAUGGUGACGACUUCGACGAUGGUGGCAUUGAUGAUCAAGAUCUCCUUGCCAUGGAAGUGCAUGAUUCCGGGAUUGAGGUUGUGGAGGAUAUUGACGAGAUAUUAAAUGACGAAGACCACAAAAGUCGAGUUCAGCCUCCCAGACGAUACUCGAAACCCGCACAUGACACGAAGCAUGAACAUGAUGACGACGACGACGUCUCCGCCUAUAGAGAACCCACCCGACUACCCAAUGGACGCUGGACAUGUCAGCAUGAUUGCAACGAGCGCAAGAAAGAUUGCAAGCAUAAGUGCUGCAGAGAAGGGGUGACUAGGCCCAAACGUCGUCCGAAAACAGAACCGAAAAUCAAGCAAGAAGACAAAACACAGAUGAAGAUUACUAGUCUGACAAACAUGAAAGGGAAGGCUGGAGCUGGUGAAACCGAGGCAAAACAACUCGAAAAAAUACACAAUUCGAUAUCAAAAAGUCGUACCGACAUCAAACGGGCCAGCCAAAAAUCGACAGAAGGACCUGUUGCCAAGAAGGCGAAGGUGUCGAACAGAACCCAAUAUGGCACUUGCUCAGGGGCGGAUCUGGAGGCCACGUCCCAAGACCUCGAGUCGGGAUCUGAAAUUGAGCUGCAGCCCGACAAUGGAUCCGCAGCUGAGGUCCUGAAAGAGAGUAGAUCCUCCACGGCAAGCUGUAACCUGGACGAAGACUUCUUCAACUUCUCGAGUGACGGUGUAGAUGUGCUUGCUGCCGACGAGGCCACCCUUGACAUGAAUCCUUGUGGAGAGAAGCUUGAUACGGCUCUUCCGGAGCUGAAAGAGAUUGGAGUCUCUGUUGGUGACGAUGUAGCCGCCGAUUUUCUGAUGUCCGAGUUCGAUCUUGGCGGAUUCGAACCACCACUUGAGCAUGUUGCAUUUGCGGACGUUCUAAGAUCAGGCAAAGGUCUCUUCACCAUGGGAGAUAGCAGCAGUCCGCUCAAGGAAGUGCUGCAAGAUGAGGCGAAGAUCGAUUUGGAGGAAGAGAAGACUGAUCCAUCAGUUGACUGUGAUGACGUUUUGACGGAAUCACUCGAAAACAAUAGCCCAACUGAUCAACUUGACCCCUUGGACAGCGGCCUCACGCCUUCCAGCGUAGGUACCCCUCCAGAAUCGACUAUUCGCACUCCGGGACUUGAGGCGUUUGAAGACGACACACAGACUCGGAGGGAGGUUGCACCGAGCAUACCCGAAAAUGAGACUGAACACGAAAGAGAGGAAAGACUCUACGAGGAGGAUCAGAAGAAGAAAUGGGAGGGAAUUGACCAAUGGCUUUAUGAUGAAUUGCAUGAAUAUGUUGAAAUUGUAUAGAUUGUACCGGUGGCAGGUGUCACGGCUAAGAUGAAAGAAAGAAACGGUGAUUCUAGCUAGAUGAAUGGAUGGGUCAAGAGGCGAACAUGGAGGCAUCUGUGCUGGCUAG